AUGGAACGUCUUGACAGAGCAUAUUGCAAUCGAAGUCAUAGGGAUUUGUAUCUAGAGGCAUUGCUUUGGAAUUUCCCAAUUUUCAUUUCUGAUCAUGGCCCAAUCUUGUUUGAUUCAUGCCCAAAAAAGGUCGAACGAAAAAAAAGACCUUAUAAGAUCGAAGCGUGGGCAUUGAGUUUCUUGGAGGUUACCGCAAUUUUAGACUCAGUGUGGAAAGAGGAGAUAUCAGGGUCUAGGAUGUUUGUAUUUAAACAAAAGUUAAAGAGAGCUCGAGAAAAGUUGAAAAAGGGGUGUCUAAAUUAUAGGGAUGAGCACAGGAUAAACUGGAACCAAAUACAGGGGACUUUGACAGAUAUUCAGCUGAACAUCACGAGCGAGCAGAAUAUCAAGUUGGAGAAGGAGAUGAGAAAUAAGAUGGAGCAGGAGGUAGAAGUGAAGAAUAUGUUCUGGAAAGAACGAGCCAAAAGUAAAUAG